AGUUGAGUCGCAAGUCAAAUUUGUAGCGCGCACAACCAGACAGAGACACCCGACAGUGUAGCCAUCCAGCAUGGAUAUCAGGCCUGCGACGAUCGAAGACCUGGCAGGCAUGCAACAUGCAAACCUGUCCAACUUGCCGGAAAAUUAUCAAAUGAAGUACUACCUCUAUCAUGGUCUCACCUGGCCGAAUCUAUCCUACGUGGCGACCGAUGCAAGAGGUCGUAUUAUCGGCUAUGUGCUUGCCAAGAUGGAGGAUGAGCCCUCAGCGACACCACACGGCCACAUCACGUCACUUUCUGUCAUGCGAACGUAUCGUCGGUUGGGCCUGGCAGACAAGCUGAUGCGACAAGCACAGAUGAGCAUGGUACAGAACUAUGAUGCGCGGUAUUGUUCUUUGCAUGUUCGGCGAUCCAAUCGAGCGGCGUUGCACUUGUACAGGGAUACACUCAAGUUUGAGGUGAUUGACACUGAAAAGAAGUACUAUCAAGACGGGGAGGAUGCAUACAGCAUGCGGAAGGAUCUCAACACGCUCAAGCAAGGCGCCUUUACACUCGAUGUGGAGGGCAUCACCAUGCAGACGCGCGGCAUUAAGCUGGCUGAGAAGCAGGAAAAGCCUGUGAGUGAUGGGAUGAAUGUAUGAUGCAUUAUUGAGCGGACCACAUCAUGCUCCCUGAGGCGGCCGUGCACCGUCUGCGUCUGUGGCAGAGACUGGCGGUACAAGCACAUCGGCCUUCUCCAAAAAGGUCUCUAGUUCGCCACUGAGGAUGUGUUAGAUACAAUGCCAGACAGAAGGAAGCACUUACCUCUGGUGCAUACCAACGAGGAUAUCACAGCCUCCGACAAACUCCUUGUUGACGUAUAGCUGUGGAAUGGUCGGCCACUCGCUGAACUCCUUGAUGCCUUCGCGCAGCUCCUGGUCUUCGAGGACAUUGAAGGCAGACAGCUUCUUUGGGUCGACUCCCUGAAGACCGAGGAUCU